CCGGGGCGCCCGGGCCGCGGCGCGGGGCGGCGGCAGGGGCCUGGCGGAGGCUGCCGGGCGGCCGCCAUGCGAUCAGGCAGUGCGCUGACCGGCCCGGCCGGUCGGCCCCUUCUGGGUCCUCCCUUUGCAGCCCGUGCGGGGCUGUCUCGGAGACCCCGCGCCGACGGCUGCUCAAACAUCAGGCUGGCUCCCGAAAGGACACUCCCCAAGUCCCCAGCUGGGGGCCCCGCGUAGACCUGGAGUGGACACCCCCUCCUUCCCUUCAUGAUUCGUUUGUAGCGCAGUGGCGAUGGAUGAUGAGGACGGGAGAUGCUUACUAGACGUGAUUUGUGACCCUCAGGCCCUCAAUGACUUCUUACAUGGAUCCGAGAAGCUGGACAGUGAUGACCUCCUGGAUAACCCCGGGGAGGCCCAAAGUGCCUUCUAUGAAGGUCCGGGGCUCCAUGUGCAAGAAGCUUCUGGCAACCACUUGAACCCGGAGCCCAGCCAGCCGGCCCCCAGCGUGGACCUCGACUUCCUGGAAGAUGACAUUCUGGGCUCACCGGCCGCGGGGGGCGGUGGCGGGGGCGGCGGAGGCGCUGAUCAGCCCUGUGACAUCCUCCAGCAGAGCCUCCAAGAGGCCAACAUCACCGAGCAGACGCUCGAAGCUGAGGCCGAGCUGGACCUGGGGCCCUUCCAGCUGCCCACUCUGCAGCCCGCGGAUGGCGGGGCGGGCCCGGCGGGGGCCGGAGGGGCUGCCGCCGUGGCCGCGGGGCCCCAGGCCCUCUUCCCGGGCGGCCCCGACCUGCUGGGGCUGCAGGCCCCGCCGACCGUACUGACCCACCAGGCCCUGGUGCCGCCCCAGGACGUGGUCAACAAAGCCCUGAGCGUCCAGCCCUUCCUGCAGCCCGUGGGCCUGGGCAAUGUGACCCUGCAGCCCAUCCCCGGCCUCCAAGGAUUGCCCAACGGCAGCCCUGGGGGCGCCACGGCGGCCACGCUCGGCCUGGCACCCAUCCAAGUGGUGGGCCAGCCCGUCAUGGCACUCAACCCGCCCACCUCCCAGCUCCUGGCCAAGCAGGUGCCUGUCAGUGGCUAUCUGGCCUCGGCGGCCGGCCCCUCAGAGCCGGUGACCCUGGCAUCGGCUGGCGUCUCGCCCCAGGGGGCUGGCCUGGUCAUCCAGAAGAACCUUCCAGCGGCCGUGGCCACCACGCUCAACGGGAACUCAGUGUUUGGAGGGGCGGGAGCGGCCACAGCGGCGGCCGGCGGGGCACCCUCCGGGCAGCCACUGGCGGUGGCCCCAGGCCUUGGCACGUCCCCGCUGGUCCCGGCGCCCAACGUGAUCCUGCAUCGCACGCCCACGCCCAUCCAGCCCAAGCCCGCCGGGGUGCUGCCCCCCAAGCUCUACCAGCUGACCCCCAAGCCGUUCGCCCCCGCGGGCGCCACGCUCACCAUCCAGGGCGAGACGGGGGGCCUCCCGCAGCCGCCCAAGCCCCCCCAGAACCUGACUUUCAUGGCUGCGGGCAAGGCCGGCCAGAACGUGGUGCUCUCCGGUUUCCCGGCGCCCGCCCUGCAGGCCAACGUCUUCAAGCAGCCUCCCGCCACCACCACGGGGGCCGCCCCGCCGCAGCCCCCCGGCGCCCUGAGCAAGCCCAUGAGCGUCCACCUCUUGAACCAAGGCAGCAGCAUCGUCAUCCCCGCCCCGCACAUGCUGCCCGGCCAGAACCAGUUCCUGCUGCCCGGCGCCUCCGCGGUGCAGCUGCCGCAGCCGCUCUCGGCCCUGCCGGCCAACGUGGGGGGGCAGAUCCUGGCCGCGGCCCCCCACGCGGGCGGACAGCUCAUCGCCAACCCCAUCCUCACCAACCAGAACCUGGCGGGCCCGCUGAGCCUGGGCCCCGUGCUGGCGCCCCACUCCGGGGCCCACAGCGCGGCCCACAUCCUCUCGGCCACCCCCAUCCAGGUGGGCCAGCCGGCACUCUUCCAGAUGCCCGUGUCGCUGGCCGCAGGCAGCCUGCCCACGCAGAGCCAGCCGGCGCCCACCGGCCCCGCCGCCGCCACCGUCCUCCAGGGGGUCACUCUGCCCCCCAGCGCCGUGGCCAUGCUCAACGCCCCCGACGGGCUGGUGCAGCCGGCCACCCCUGCCGCCGCCGCCGGGGAGGCCGCGCCUGUCCUCACGGUGCAGACGGCCCCCCAGGUGCCCCCUGCGGUGAGCACGCCGCUGCCUCUGGGCCUCCAGCAGCCGCAGGCGCAGCAGCAGCCCCCGCAGGCCCCCACCCCUCAGGCCGCCGCCCCGCCUCAGGCCACCACCCCCCAGCCCAGCCCAGGCCUGGCGUCCAGCCCAGAGAAGAUCGUCCUGGGGCAGCCACCCUCUGCCGCCGCCACGGCCAUCCUCACUCAGGACUCCCUGCAGAUGUUCCUGCCCCAGGAGAGGAGCCAGCAGCCCCUCUCCGCAGAGGGCCCCCACCUCUCCGUGCCCGCCUCGGUCAUAGUCAGCGCCCCGCCUCCCGCCCAAGACCCAGCCCUGACCACCCCUGUCGCCAAAGGAGCUGGCCUCGGCCCUCAGGCCCCCGACAGCCAGGCUGCCCCGGCGCCGGCCCCCCAGAUCCCGGCAGCAGCUCCGCUGAAGGGCCCAGGCCCCUCCUCCUCCCCGUCACUACCUCACCAGACCCCUCUGGGAGACAGCACCCACCUGCCCUCCCCACACCCUUUUGUCAUCCAGAACCAGCUGGGCGUCCCCCCACCUGCCAGCACCCCGGCCCCCACUGCCCCAGGCCCACCCCAGCCCCCUCUGCGUCCCCCAUCCCAGCCCCCAGAGGGGCCGCUGCCUCCGGCCCCCCACCUCCCUCCAACCUCCACCUCCUCCAUUGUGGCCUCUGAGACAUCCACCAGGCUGCCAGCCCCCACACCCCCCGACUUCCAGCUCCAGUUCCCACCCAGCCAGGGGCCCCACAAGUCCCCCACACCCCCUCCGACCCUCCACCUGGUCCCCGAGCCCGCAGCGCCCCCCCCACCGCCUCCUCGGACCUUCCAGAUGGUGACCACCCCCUUCCCGGCGCUGCCCCAGCCGAAGGCUCUUCUCGAGAGAUUUCACCAGGUGCCGUCCGGAAUCAUCCUCCAGAACAAGGCCGGGGGUCCCCCCGCCGCCCCGCAGACCGCCAGCCUGGGGCCCCUCGCCAGCCCCACUGCCUCUGUGCUGGUCAGCGGGCAAGCCCCAUCGGGGACCCCCACCGCCCCCAGCCAUCCCCCUGCCCCGGCACCCAUGGCCACCGCAGGCCUCCCUUCUCUGCUUCCUGCCGAGAGCAAAGCUUUUGCCAGCAGCCUCCCGACCCUGAGUGUGGCCAAGGCCGCUUCAUCCGGGCCAGGGAAGUCCUCCGGGCUGCAGUAUGACAGCAAGUUGAGCAGCCUGAAGAAGCCACCCACGCUGCAGCCCAGCAAAGAAGCCUGUUUCUUGGAGCAUUUGCACAAACAUCAGGGCUCCGUCCUGCACCCUGACUACAAGACAGCCUUCCCAUCCUUCGAGGACGCCCUGCAUCGCCUCCUGCCCUACCACGUCUACCAGGGCGCCCUUCCCUCCCCGAAUGACUACCACAAAGUGGACGAGGAAUUUGAGACGGUCUCCACGCAGCUGCUGAAACGCACCCAGGCCAUGCUCAAUAAAUACCGCCUCCUGCUCCUGGAGGAGUCCCGGAGGGUCAGCCCCUCAGCGGAGAUGGUCAUGAUCGACCGAAUGUUCAUUCAGGAGGAGAAGACCACCCUUGCCUUGGACAAACAGCUGGCCAAGGAGAAGCCGGACGAGUACGUGUCUUCCUCGCGCUCGCUCGGCCUCCCCGUCGCCGCCUCUUCCGAGGGACACCGGCUCCCCGGCCACGGCCCCCCGCCGUCCUCAGCGCCCGGGGCCCCGGCCCAGCCCCCCCUGCACCUGCCCACGAAGCUGGUGAUCCGGCACGGGGGCGCGGGCGGCUCCCCCUCCGUGAGCUGGGCCCGGGCCUCCUCCUCCUCGCUGUCCUCGUGCUCCUCGUCCUCCGCCGCCUCCUCCCUGGACGCCGACGAGGACGGCCCCAUGCCCUCCCGCAACCGCCCGCCCAUCAAGACCUACGAGGCCCGCAGCCGCAUCGGCCUCAAGCUCAAGAUCAAGCAGGAGGCCGGGCUCAGCAAGGUCGUCCACAACACGGCCCUGGACCCCGUGCACCAGCCCCCGCCGCCGGGCAGCGGCAGCCGCGAGCCCGGCUGGGAGGCGCCCCCGCUGCCCCCCGCCAAGCGGCGCAAGUCCGAGUCCCCCGACGUGGACCAGGCCAGCUUCUCCAGCGACAGCCCGCAGGACGACGCGCUCACGGAGCACCUCCAGAGCGCCAUCGACAGCAUCCUGAACCUGCAGCAGGCCCCCGGCCGGACCCCCGCGCCCCCGUACGCGCCCGGCGCGCCCGCCCCCCCAUCCCCCCUGCGCAGGCCGGAGGCCUACCCGCCCUCCAGUCACAACGGCGGCCUCGGCGCCAGGACGUUGAACAGAUAACACCGGGCCGGGCCUCCCUCCCCGUCCCCUCGCGC